GCUCGGGCAGACCCGUCCGCCGAGCUUGUCACCGAGCUUACCACCGAGCAUCCAACAGACGCCCCCGCCCCAGUGCCGGCCUGGCGCCCACAUUUGAAGCACCGGGGCCAAGACAUCCCGGCGACGGCUUCGAUCAAGGGUGACAAAGAGCAUCUGCUCGCCUUUGAUCUGUCAAAAGCUCUGCUACUACCGAGCGACGUGGUCGGCAGCGACCACGUCCCCGACACUCGGUUGGUCAAGUCGUCAGUGAAGUCUAUGGCCAGGGCCAUUCAAAAACAACACUUGGUUUUGGAGCGCAUCCACCGGCUUAGGCAAAAAGCCAACGACACAGCCAGCCAGGUUGAAAGCCUUCAAGCCGAGCUCGGCCGGGCUAAGUCUUCGCUUGAAAUGGCCAACUCCGACAAUAACAGACUGCUCGGCCAGCUGGAUGCGGCCGAGAAAAAACGAGAUGAGCUCCAAGCCGAGGUGGACAUUCUGAAGAAAUCGAAGAAGAAAGCAUGCCGGGCUGCAAACACCGCUGGCUUCAACGAGGCCGAGGAGAGCUACAAGAAGCAGUCGGAUGUGAGCUCAUCGGAUGGUGAAGAUGGUGUCAGGAGGACAGUGAGAUUUAAGAAUAGAGGAUCAUUGGGUGUAUCAGACAGGCAAUAG